AUCCACAUGUGAUAGAACAAAAAACGAAUAUUUAUUCAAGAACAUAGAUAACAAAAUAAUCAUAGAUAAAUAAUAAUAACAAUUAGAUGUUCAUUUUUGUGCGGGCCGGGGAAAGCCCAUCCUAGCAAAUUACAUUUAUUAGUUUUUAAUUUUUUAGUGCAACUACUUUUCUGAAUUCUUGUUAGUGCCGUUAAUGGUUACUGUCUUAGUGUCUCUCUAGUGUCUUGUAUUGCCUCUGUUACUUUGCUAAUUUGGUGUUGUCUUUUAACAGUCAUUACUUUAAUCAAAUAUCACUAAAAGAAUAGAUAAUUAUUGAAGAUGGAGGAAGUUUUACAGAAGUUUUUAUUUGAUGACAUUGAGCCUAGUGCUGUUAAAAGUGAUUCAUAUAAAGUAAUCCAACAUUUUUCAAGAAUAACUAAUACUGUUGAAAAAUUAAAUUUCGCACUCGAAAUAAUAUCGGACUAUUAUGAUUCUAUUGUAACGAGAUAUACCAAUGAUUACAAAAAUAACAAGCAGUCUUCAGAUCUGAGGAUUAAAGGAAACGAAUUGUUUCUUUCAAAGAAAUAUGAAGAAGCUUUAGAAAUGUAUACCUACAGCAUUGCUCAUGCAGAAGAUAAAUCAGAGAAUUUAGGAUUAGCAUAUGCAAACAGAUCUGCGGUUUUAUUUAGGCUUGGAUUUUAUGGAGAAUGCGAGAAGGAUAUUGAAAAAGCUUUCGAAAAUAAUUAUCCAGAUGCCUUGAAACCCAAAAUAAAUGAAAGGAAAGAAAAAGCUCUGAGUCUUAAGGCCAAACAGAAAAACUUACAAUAUUAUCAACCAAUGCCGUCAAUUGAUGUCGAUGAUAGGAAUCCUCUCAUAGAGUGUGCCUCAAAUUGUGUUGAAAUAAAAAAUCAUUCAAAACUAGGCAGAUGCAUAGUUGCUGCAAGAGAUAUUAAAAUUGGUGAAGUAAUUGCUGUGGAAAGUCCAACUUUCAGUAAUUUGAUCGAUGCAAAGUGGUGCCAUUGUCAUCAUUGUUUCAACUUGUGUUACAAUCUGUUACCUUGCAUCUCUUGCACAAAAGCUUUGUUUUGUAGUUCAAGUUGCAAAAAUAAUUCUAUUACAUAUCACAAAUAUGAAUGUCCAAUUUUAGCCAUAAUUGAAAAUUUUCAUUCUAAUUCUCUUAUUCCUUUACAUAUAGCAAUAUCCAUGAGGGACUGUUAUAAAACUUUCGAGGCAGAAAUGAAAGAAUCUGAUAGUGUAUACAAAUCUGGAAGGUAUAAAGAAAUUCACAACUUGGUUACAACUGAAUUCAAAUAUAGUCACAAAGAACUAUUUGAAAUGGCUCUUAGAACAGCAAUUUAUUAUAAAAUACUUCGAGAUCGUACUUAUUUCUUUGAAAGUUGUGAGGAUUAUAAAGAGAAUUUUAUGAAGUUAAUAUUUAAACAUCUUCAAAAUAUGAACCGCCAUUUUCAUGAUAUAGGUGAACUUUGUCAGAAUUCCAACGGAACUUAUGAUGAUAUGAAAAUAGGUAUAGGUGCUUAUAAUUUUAUGAGCCUUUUCAAUCAUUCAAGUGAUCCAAAUGUCCACAGAACCUACUAUGGUAAAUCCAUUUGUAUGACAGCAAUUAAAACUAUCAAAAAAGGCAAACAACUUUUGGACAGUUUCUGUCAUAAUUAUUCUCGUUAUCCAAAAUCAGUGCGCCAAUCUGUACUCAAAAAUUGCCAUUGCCUAGCAUGUGAGAACAACUGGGAAACUUGCAACGAGUGGAAACUAACUAGCGAUGAAUUUAAAAUCAUAUCACCUAUCUUAAAUGCUGCUGAGGCUGUUGGUCGAGGAAAUUUGGAAAUUGCAAGAAAAAUCCGGCCUCAUGUUAUAGAAGUCCUAAAAAAAAAUGAAAAAAACCCAAAAGAAAUAGCGCCUCAUCUUUUACAAUAUCUACGUUGUCUAAUGAUUAGGUGUGAUAUAAUUUUUGGAAAUAUGAGGAGGUCCCUGGCUUAACUUGUAGAUUUUUGUUUUAUUUUUUGUUACUAUUUUUGUUACGUUUAUCCUUUGUUUUUUAUUGAGUUUUUUUCAACUUCUAUUUUCAAUUAAUGUUUCUUUUUCAACUUUGCAUUUUUCUUGACUUGUUUACUAUGAAUAAAUAAAAUAAUGUGUACUAUUAUCUUCAAUGUAAUGAAUUCACAGAUAACAGAAUGAAUUAUAUAUGUCUAAAUGUUAUCAACAUUUCUUUGUUGAA